UUAGCUUCCCCCACGACAUUGCAGGCUUUCUGCUUUCUUCUCCCAGUCCAAACCACCGCGAAGCAGGGUUAAAUUGGCCAUUUGCCUCUUCUGAGCAAUCCCGUAACCCAGGGCAGGAAAGAGAAGGCAGAUGAAGAGUGUUCUGUCUCUGAGGCACCUCUCUUCUUCCCGAGCUCAUGGUCUGAGGGCCUGACCUUGGCAUUAAAGUCUUUUUAUUUUUUGAGAGGUCCUGGGGGGAAUAGGGUACUAGGGUGUAAAGUCAUUAAACUUGCUGAUAAUGCCCCAUCUUUCUCCAUUCAGGAUUUCACUGGAAUAUUACUAGAGAAAGUAUCAUGGAAGUUCUGCGCCCACAGCUCAUAAGAAUUGAUGGACGGAUUUAUAGGAAGAAUCCCAUUCAAGAACAGACUUACCAACAUGAAGAAGAGGAUGAGGACUUCUGUCAAGGCUUCGUGGAGAGUGCAGAAGAGCCCUGUGAUGGCUACGAGGUGGUGCAGACCCAGCAAGGUUUCCAGUGUACCGUGAAGGCCCCCAGCCUGCUCUACAAGCAUAUAGUUGGAAAGAGAGGAGACACUAAGAAGAAACUGGAAGUGGAGACCAAAACUUCUAUUAGUAUUCCUAAGCCUGGACAAGAAGGAGAAAUUGUAAUCAGUGGCCAGCAUCGAAGUGGGGUCAUUUCAGCCAGAACUCGGAUUGAUGUUCUUUUGCUCACUUUUAGAAGAAAGCAGCCCUUCACUCACUUCCUUGCCUUUUUCCUCAAUGAAGUUGAAGUUCAGGAACGAUUCCUGAAGUUCCAGGAGGAAGUACUGGAAAAGUGCUCCAUGGAUCAUGGAGUUGAUAGCAGUAUUUUCCAGAAUCCCAAGAAACUUCACCUGACAAUUGGCAUGUUGGUGCUUUUGAGUGAGCAAGAGAUUCAGCAGACAUGUGAGAUGCUGCAGCAGUGUAAAGAGGAAUUCAUUGACGACAUUACUGGGGGCAAACCCCUGGAAGUAGAGAUGAAAGGGAUAGAAUACAUGAACGAUGAUCCGGGCAUGGUGGACGUUCUUUAUGCCAAAGUCCAUAUGAAGGAUGGCUCCAACAGGCUGCAGGAAUUAGUUGAUCGAGUGCUGGAACGUUUUCAGGCAUCUGGACUAAUAGUGAAAGAAUGGAAUAGUGUGAAACUCCACGCUACAGUCAUGAAUACUCUAUUCAGGAAAGACCCCAAUGCGGAAGGCAGGUACAAUCUCUACACAGCAGAUGGCAAAUAUAUCUUCAAGGAAAGAGAGUCAUUUGAUGGCAGAAACAUUUUAAAGCUGUUUGAGAACUUCUACUUUGGUACCCUAAAGCUCAAUUCAGUCCACAUCUCUCAGAGGUUCACAGUAGACAGCUUUGGAAACUACGCCUCCUGUGGACAAAUUGAAUUCUCCUGAACUGGAUCUUGGGAAGCAGGAGAAAUUAAGCCUCCCGAUGAGGUGCUGAGGAAAAGUAUCUUCAUUUUAAUUGCCAAGGAGGAAUGUGCAAAUUUGGAUGGUGACUUUCCUAGGUGGUUGCCAUGGUCACUGCGGUCUUUAAUCGUUGUCUACAGUCCUCAGACUAUCAGCCAAGAUGGUUGUGGGCACAAGAACUGUGCCUGUGACCCUUGGCUUGUUCAUCUUUUGCAAGGUCUACCUUUUUUUCCAAAGCUCUUGUCUGGAAGUGUACCUCUGAAGCCCAUUGGAGCUCAGAUUCACAUUGUUUCUUAUAUGCCUACUGAUUUUACUCCAGCCAUUGAAGUCUUUUGUAUUAAUACUUUAAAAGAGAAUUAAAGACAUGUGGUUUUAUUAAUCUCACCACCUAGAUCAAAUACAGUUUUUAUAAGGUCUGAUUUUUUUUCUUCCCUUUGCACUCUGAAUUUUAAUCACUACCAAAAACUUCUUUUUUAUUAUAGUAAAAAACACUAACAUAAAAUUUACCUUCUUAACCAUUUUUAAGUGUACAGUUUGGUAGUAUUAAGUAUAUUCACAUUGUUGUACAACUAAUCUGCAGAACUUUUUCAUCAUGCAGAUCAUCAUGCAGAUCUAAAACUCUGUACCCAUUAACUCCCCAGUUUCCUCUCCCCCAUGACCCUGGGGAC